AGGGCUCAGGCUAAAAGCCCGGGUGCGGCGGGCUGGCUGGCUAGCUGUAGGCGAGAGCUGUAUCUGCGGUGUAUCUGUAUGGACUGCGGGCAGCCCGCUGCCUCUCCCCGACCUCCCUCUCCGGCAGCAUGCACACCCUGCAGAAGGACACUACCUUCACCAAGAUCUUCGUGGGCGGGCUGCCCUACCACACUACCGACUCGUCCUUAAGGAAGUACUUCGAGAUGUUCGGGGACCUCGAGGAGGCGGUGGUGAUCACAGACCGGCAGACGGGCAAGUCCCGCGGCUACGGCUUCGUCACCAUGGCAGACCGGAUCUCUGCGGAACAGGCUUGUAAAGACCCCAAUCCCAUCAUUGAUGGCAGAAAAGCCAAUGUCAACCUGGCCUACCUUGGGGCGAAGCCAAGAGCCAUUCAAACGGGGUUUGCUUUGGGCAUCCAGCAGAUUCACCCAGCUCUGAUGCAGCGUCCUCUUGGGCUCACUGCCCAGUACCUCUACCCACAGGCGAUGAUGCAGCCAGGAGUGGUGCUGCCAUCUCAGCUACACUCGAUGGCCUCUCCCUUCAUUGACUACGCUGCCUCUGCCACAUACAUGCAGUACGCCGCCUACGAGCAGUACCCGUACGCCCUCUCGCCUGCCGCCAGCUACCUGGGAUACGGCUACUCCGGUUUGCCACAGCCGGUGGCCGCAACCAGCCCCACCACCGCUGCUGCCACCGCCGCAUUCAUGCAGUAUCCCACGCAGUCCCUGCAGCCCGACCGCCUGCAGUAAAGGGAAAUGCAGCGCGGGAGAUAGGAUCCCGUUUGCAGACGGGAAGACCAUCCGCUCGGGACUGAGGUGGAAUGACACGUGGGUGAUUCAUGGGACAUUGCUAUCGGAUCUUUGAGCAGCUGAACGUGGAGAGCUGCUUCAAGUAUUAACAGGGAUGGGAGCAGCCUGACACAUGGGCUGCAGGGACGGCUCUGCCCUCUCCCCCUAAUCGCUGGAAGGAAAUGCCUCCAAACUGAAACUGAUCAAGCCAGGAAUGCAGUUAACCCUUUCUGGUCCUCUCCCCCUCUUCCUGCCUUUCUGUUUACCCCUGUGCCUUCCCCAGUUACACAUCAUACCCUCCUCAUCCCCACGUCUGAGUAGCAAAUUGUAAGGUAUGAGCUGCAGCAGAACAAUGCAGGGUGUUUAAAAAAACACACACACAGACAUGCUAAAUGCUAUUUUUGAUGUAUAAAAACGUAUUAUUUAUCAACAUCUUAUCGAGAAGAUAAAUUGUGACUACUUUUACAUAUUUAUUGCGAUGAGCAAUGCCCAAAAAUGGGGAAAGAGGAAGAAACGUUUAGUUAUUCAGCUACAAUUGUAUAAAUUAUUCUUCGUAGACUACAAAACUAAUAGGUCGCUAUUAAUUAAUUUCAAUAUGCAAAAAAAAAAACUUGGAAGGGAAACAAUAUUUCUGUAGUCAGAACACUGUUCUAUUUUCUUAAUUUUGUAAUUAAUCUUAAAAUCAUCUCAACUUGGGUAUAUAUUUUUUCAAAAGCUAAUUAUCUGUGAAAAGGUCAGUAAUUUUUAAUGAUCGCGCUGUAUGCGAUAUCCUACAAGGUACUGAAACUACUUAUUUUUAAGAUGAUCUGCUAUAUUGAGAAGCAACGUGACUGCAAGUUUCAAAUUGGAUAUCAAAUAUUUUAAAUCCAUCUGGAAUGAAUGAGACAUUUUAAGUUAUAAAUGCAAUUUUUAAUUUUUUGUAAAGGUUUUUAAAAAAAAAGCAGAAUUAUUUUAGGCUCAAAGCUACAUUUGUAUAACAACGUUCUUCUUGAACUGUAGCUGGUAUUGGGAGAAAUGUUUUCAUUGUAAUAUUAAAGGAGCAUAAAAUAUAAA